AUGAAACACCAGAUUUUCGUCAUCGCCAAGGCCGGCAACUACUAUCGAUCGCUGGCGGCUAUUGAGAACCCCAAUCUGUCUGGCCUGGAAGUCCUCAAGCGCUGUCUGUUGCUCCUCCGAAUUUUCUCGCAUCCGAAAAACCGGAUUCCACUCCAACAAGAGCUUCGCUUCGCCAAAGAGUUCUUCCGUGAUCAACCACCACCUGCUGCAUUACCAACGGACGCACUGGAAAAUGCAGAUGCAUUCCAUCGCCCCUGUCCAUUUCCGUUCACGACGACAUGUCUCAUUGUCGGCGGCUCUUUCGACUGCGACAAUGGCCGGAUAGAUGUUGUGUUCGAGGAACUCUUCGGGGUCGGAUAUGGCCAAGAAGAUACAGAAGACGACAUGACUAUUCUUGAUAUUACAGACCCCGAAGAGCCUAAAAAAACCGAGGGACGCUUGCCACGCAUUGUGAAUGAACCCCUUAAUGGGUGGCAAUAUCUGGAAUCAUUCUACAAGAUCAGCGAUAAAAUAGUCCAACAGAACAUCCACGUUCUGGAAUCACUCCAGAAGGUGCUUCUCAUCACCACCCAUACUCUCGCAGAUCUGUGGCCCUGGGUUACUUGGGAUGUGGCUGGUUACACGGCUGUCCAGUCUGGUCCACUGCUUGGGCCAAAGGGGCUCUUACAGCAGACUGCCGCAGCUUUGGUGGAUGCUGUCCUAUUCCACAAUGAUCAGGACGACCUCAAUCCCAUCACGGAUUUUAUCCAACAAGUGCCCAAUGUCCGGCCUAUUCUUCGAGACGCUAUCCUCGAAAGGGCGGAUGAAGUGGGCAAGACCGCCGUAUCCUUGUCCCUUCUUAGUCUUGUCUAUGAAGGAGAACAGCACCUUGACUGGUCAGCAUUCGUGAACUUGGACGCUCCAGGUUUAUCGUCUGUCCUUCAGACUUUGUCACGCCAGCAAGUUGCUUCUAUCAAUCUGUCUGGCACAAAAUUCUCAGAGGCAACAAGUGAACUUUGGUCCUCGCUAUCACACCUCGCCCAUCCUAACAUCUACCUGCUUGAGCCUCCUUCUCGAUUGGACGAUGAGUCUAGUAAAAGUAUAAGCACAGAGUUCACCACAUUAUCACCGCAACCAAAAAUCAAUAGAUUGGUCAUGUCUAGCCUAAUGUCUCGUCCAUUUCGACCUCGAUCCGGCCAGCUCUUUCCAGAUACAAGUGCGGCUCCGCCCCUGGUUGAAUCCUUUCCGAUCGUUCAGUUACUGGUGAGCCAUGGUAAAGAAGGCGCCGUGGAUAAGUUAUUGCCGGUGUGGCCCUAUGAAUAUUUCUUCCUUGGAGACGCUUUCCUUAGCCCAACGAGAUUCAUCACUGGCCUGUUUCGGUAUAUGAGAAAUAUGAUUGGGCUGCGUGCCUCGUUCGAUAAUACAAGUGGAUUUGAUGCCGCCAUGUGCUUUGCAGCCAGUUCAUCCUCAUUAUCCGAUGGGGAAAUCGGGGAAAUAAAUGUUCUACCCGCGGACAUAUUCAAUUUCAGCCGACUCAGCUUCCGCUCUGUUAGAUUGAGUGGCCGCUACUCGGAAAUGAGGGACCUUGUCCCAGGCCAGUGGACCGUGCUGUUAACUCGCACGGUAUCCUUCCCAGAAUCUCUGGACUUGGAAGCGGUUGCUACCGAUAGAAACGUUACUACUAAAUUCCACUGCGCCUUUAUGCGCCCGAAACGAAAGAUUUUGGCAAAGAGUCGUGCCAAAAGAGAUGUCGAGUUACAGUCUGAAGAUAUCGAUGUUUUUGAUCUGCGAGGCUUUCUCCAGGAGACAAUCCCGCACGCUAAUUUUAAUGACUUACGCCCCCUCUUUGAGCAACUUAUCGAACACACCUCUCCUAAAAUUGAAAGACAGCACACCUCCACAAAUAUACCCUCUCAAGCUCACGACAAGUAUGACCGAAUAUUGGCAUAUCUGAGUGCCGAACAAGCGUGUAACUUGGUUACACGGUUUAUGGACAAUACUGUAGUUGUCCAAAACCGCAAAGAGAAGAUAAAAUACUGGACCAGCACCUAG